UGAAGGCAAUAAAAGGUGUCAUUUUGCUUGAAUUCUCAAUAAAUCCAUAAUGGCUAACACGGUACAACAUGUUAGUACUACAGAGCCCACUAUCUAAAGGCAUACAUCACCAGUGUCUACCACUACAGUUUACGAGAGAAGAUCCCAGUUAGUUAUGAUUGUGGGCAUCCAUGUCUAUGAGGUAAUUAACCAUUUCAUUCAUGGGUAUGAUCUAAAACUGAGGUUUUCCAGCAGGAUAACGCACACUGCUGCCAUUACUAGAGAAGCUCAUCUAAUCAAGGGAAUUUCCGGCUAGCCUACCUACUCACACCUAAUCAGACUCCAACCAAAAACAUUGGAGUCUUUUUAAAAGAUCAGCUAGAUUCUGCCCCUUGCCCAGCCAUAACUUACCUCAGCUGUUAGGGAUCAAUAAACAGGACGCUCAAUAGAGUUGUACUCCAAUAUUCGCUGAUUCAAUGCCAUAUCAUUGAAAUACUACUAGACAUAAUUGCAUAACUCUUACAAGGCAGAUGUUGACUUACAGUAGUGUCUUCAGACAGCAGCUACACAAACGCAUUCAGCAAUAUGAUCAGCUCUGGACCAAUCAGCUGAGGCUGGUACAUCACUUUCAUUUUUGAUCUCCAGAUUACUUGCUUCAAAAUGGAUGUACGAGAAGUCAGAGUCUGAUUCAGCAUUCAGCAGUAUUUUUGCUUUGCACACUCGCUUCGCUCUUUACCAGAUUCGCCUUUAGCUCCGACAGCUAGUGCCUGCGUGAAGAACUCUUCGGCAGCCAGCAGAAGUACACAGCAGAGUUAAGAGUUAAUGACUUGUUUGAAAAGCUGUUCUCAGAGACCUUUGAUUUUAAUUACAUUUUCCAAAUUUUGGUGGUCUUGAAGGAUGUCUUCAUGGUAUUACAACUUCCAUUUUUGUCAUUGUGUGUUUAUAUGAAUUGUAGCUUGCCGGUACUGAUCUAAUUGAGUCUUCCUGUUAACUUUGCUGUUUUUAGGUAGGAUGGCUCACUGUUGCCACACAAUUUCCGUAGCAGGCUGGCUGAUUUCACAGGCUUCCCUGUGGGUUGUGUUGAAGCUGCUCAUACUGUUUGCGACUCAUUGCUGAUGCCAUCCCCAGGCAGAUUCAGCUAUGAUCUAAAACCACUCCUCAGCCACGAGGGCACCACAGCAUCAGACAGCCUGACGGAACUGAAGCAGCACAUGUCGCUGGUCACAUGGAAUUACACGAUUGACAUGGUCACAGAUGGUAGGAACCGAGGUGGAUGGAGUUGGAGGAAGCAUCAAACAAGAAAGGGGUGCGAUUACGAUAAGUGGAUGGGGACAGAGCAGGGAAGAACAACAUUGAAAAGUCAUGACUGUUGUACAGGGGUCCUUAAGUUCCACCCUGGAGGGCUGCUGUAGCUGCAUAUUUUUGUUCUAACUCCUGUGCUUAACUACAGGGUGUGCACAAAGUCCGUAUACCCCUAUCUUUAGGAGCAAUUACAGGAAUAAUCAUGACAAAUUGGUUCCUGUGGACAUCAGCCCAAGUCUUCCCGGUAUUUCGAGGUGUGUUUCCGACAUCCCAUCUGGUGCUGACACCUGCUACCGCUCAAGAAAUCGCAACAACGUGGCGGUCAUUCCAAGACAAAGCAAUGGGUGACACGAGUGUUUUCACACUCGAGGAGCGCUUGGUGGCCACUGUGUGGGUUCAUGAGCGGCCUGUUACUGGGAAAUCGAUCAAAAAUGUCAUGGAUGACUUUGUUGUGCGUUUUGGGAAGGCAUCGCCGACAAAGAGGACGUUGUUGCAGUGGGAGAAGAAGGCUUUUGCAACAGGCAGCGUCCGAGAUGAGCCACUAAGUGGAAGACCAUCCACAAGGCAUGAAACGUGUGCAGAUGUGGCAGACUCUGUUCAACGAUCCCCAGUGAAAUCCACUCAUAAACGUGCUGCUGAGUUGCAAUUAGCGGAAUCGACAUUGCGAAAACACAUCAAACAGGACUUGCAAAUGAAAUGUUGGCGUCCAUUGCAUGUUAACGAGUUAUCAGAUGCCGACUUGGCCAGACGUCAGGAAGCUUGUGAUAUGACGCUGCACCAAUUUCCAACAAAUGCUGAAAAGGAAAAGGUUAUGUUCUCUGACAAGUGCGCGAUUUAA